AUGUGGACGGAUAUAAGGAAACUACUGAUCUUUCAUUUGUUAGUCCUAAAACACUGCUCAAAAGGAACAGAGGCAGAAGAGUGUGAGGAAGGCCAGUUUCAGUGCAGUAACAGAAGGUGUAUACCGACCAUAUGGAGGUGCGACGACGAUGACGACUGCUCAGACAACAGCGACGAGGAAAACUGUGCCAGGAAGACGUGUGCCCCGGCAGAGUUUGCCUGUGCUAACGGCCAGUGUGUACCAGGCCGCUGGCGCUGUGACGGGGAACCAGAGUGUCCCGACGGCUCGGAUGAGGCAGACGCCACCUGCAGCAAGCAGACGUGUCCUUCGGAGAAGUUUGACUGCGGCGGCUCCACCAACAAGUGUGUCUCGUUGUCGUGGCGAUGCGAUGGCGAGCGGGACUGCGAGAACGGGGCGGACGAGGAGGAUUGCGCCGCCGACAACAAAGCCUGCCCGAAAAGCCAGUUCCAGUGUGCCAACCGCAAGUGCCUGGCACCUGUCUUCGUGUGUGACGGCGAUGACGACUGCGGCGACGGCUCUGACGAACUCAAAUGCUCCGACCGCCACUCGCCGACGAACACCUGCAGCCCGCACGAGUUCCGCUGCAACACCUCGGAGUGCGUGCCCGUCGUGUGGAGCUGUGACGGCGACCCCGACUGCCCCGACGGCUCUGACGAGUGGCCGGAGCGUUGCGGCGGUGAAGGUUCACAUCCACGCCGCAGGGUGAACUGUACGAUGGAGGAGUUUCGGUGCGCCAACGGGGAGUGUGUGAGGCUGCCGUGGAAAUGUGACGGCGAUCCAGACUGCAAGGAUAAGUCAGACGAGGCAGAAUGUCCCCUACUGACGUGCAGGCCAGAUGAGUUCCAGUGUGGGGAUGGCUCCUGUAUCCACGGCACCAAGCAGUGUAACAAGGUCCAUGACUGUCCUGACCAGAGUGAUGAGGCUGGCUGUGUCAACGCCACUAAGUGUGAGGGUCCCUUGAAGUUCCUGUGUAAGAACGGAGAGUGUAUCGACAGCGCCAAGGUGUGUGACAAUGUCAAGGACUGCAAGGACCGCUCUGAUGAGCCCAAGAAGGAGUGUGGGCUCAACGAGUGCUCACUCAACAACGGCGGCUGUUCUCACAUCUGCCUGGAUCGACCAAUCGGCUACGAGUGCCAGUGUCCCACCGGGUACCAGCUACUGGACAAGAGGACGUGUGGAGACAUUGAUGAGUGUGAGAACCCCAACGCCUGCAGCCAGAUCUGCAUCAACUACAAGGGAGACUUCAAGUGUGAAUGUUACCAAGGCUAUGAGAUGGACCCCGUCACCAAGACCUGUAAAGCAGAAGGGAAGUCUCCCUACCUGCUGUUCACCAACCGUCAGGAGAUCCGUGGGGUAGACCCGGUGAAGAGGGACUACCACCAGGUGCUUGCCACCCAGAAGAAUGCUGUGGCGCUGGACGUCGACGUGGCUAAUAACCGGCUGUUCUGGUGCGACCGCUUCCAACGCAACAUCUACAGUGCUCUGAUCCCAGAGGCUGGCGACCCGUCCCAGCAGGUGACCCUGGUGGACUCUGGCUCUCUCCUCUCCCCUGAGGGCCUGGCCCUGGACUGGGUCCAACACAACCUCUACUGGACCGACUCGGGCCACAAGACCGUCUCGGUGGCCUCGGCCUACGACGGCCUCAAGAGGAGGGUCCUGGUCGACACGGAGCUCAGCGAGCCCAGAGCCAUAGCGCUGGAUCCACAGCGUGGGUUCAUGUACUGGACUGACUGGGGCAGCCGGGCCAAGAUAGAGAAGGCAGGGAUGAACGGGGUGGACCGACAAGUCCUGGUGUCAGACAACAUUGAGUGGCCCAACGGCAUCACCCUGGACGUAGCCAACAGGCGUAUUUACUGGGUCGACUCCAAGCUGCACCUGAUCUCCAGUGUGGACUUGAACGGGGCUCAUCGCAGGACACACCUGUCCUCCUCAGAGAGACUGGGACACCCCUACGCACUGGCCGUGUUCGAGGACCGUAUCUACUGGACAGACCGGGAGAGAGAGGCAGUGUACAGCGCUAACAGGCUAACGGGCCAGGACAUCAGCACAGUGGCCGAGCACCUCAAAGACCCUCACGACAUAGUGGUCUUCCACCCGCUCCGCCAGCAACCAGGCCCAGACAGCUGUAACCUGGGCAGUGAGGACAACGGUGGCUGUGAGUACCUGUGUCUCAAAGCCCCCCAGAUCACAGAGCACUCCCCCAAGUACACCUGCGCCUGCCCCACAGGACAGGACCUGGGCCCCGAAAUGCGUGCCUGCAUGCCAGUCUAA